AUAAAUUUGCAUUCCAGAAGCUUCCGUGCCUUGUUUAGGUACGUUGUCAAUAAACAAACAACAAAAUUCCCGUACACCUUUAAUUUGAAAAUUAACGUUCAAAUUUUCCGCGUUUACGCUCCCUGUAGCCGUUGCAGAUGACAAAUCAUCCAUUAUAACUAGUACCCAAAUCACAAGAAGAGGUACUCUGGCAAAUUCUUAAAACACCCAUCUGCAAAUUUCUUUGCUGCACUCAUUUUGUUUUCAACAGUGCUUUGGUCUCCCUUCUUUUUCUUAAUUCAAGAGUUAACUGAUCUGCAAAAAUGCCUCAGAUACAGUAUUCAGACAAAUACUACGACGAUACUUAUGAGUACAGGCAUGUUGUGCUCCCGCCUGAUGUUGCAAAGCUUCUUCCGAAGAAUCGGCUUCUUUCUGAGAGUGAAUGGCGAGCAAUUGGGGUGCAACAGUCCCGUGGAUGGGUGCACUAUGCUGUCCAUCGUCCUGAGCCCCACAUUAUGUUGUUCAGAAGGCCUUUGAAUUACCAGCAAAACCAGCAGCAGCAGGCCCAACAGCAAUCAGCACAGCCUUUGGGCCUUCAAGCCUGAUGGGCUUUAUACUGCUCUAGUCUGUCUUUGAAUGAAAUCUUUUCAUUCAGCAUUGGAUAAAAGAAUGUGAAGUGCUGUUUAUGCUGGUCAGGUCUAUCUUUGAACAAGAAGUCUAAUUGAUGGAAAUAGAAUGCCAUUUAUUUCUUGGUUUUAUGCCCAGGUUUUAAACCUGCCUCGAAUAUAAUUAAAAUCUAUUUUAUUAACUGGCUUGUAUGCUUUGUUAUGGCCGUUUGGCGAGUUUUAGCAUCAUUCAUUGUAAAAAUAACAUUAUGUUCUUAAGCAUUGUGAAAGUUGCCUUAAUCAUAAA